UUUGCUUCUAUGCACUCUGGACACUUGGCCCUUUGGAAUGAGCUCGAGCAGACGAUGCAAUUGCCCAGGGAAGUGAGCCAUCAGAAACUGGAACCCAAGGCCCAAGUUAAAGAAGUUUGCUGUUGAGGUGAUGUCUGCUAAAGCAGCAACAUUAUCAUUGUUAACUGCCAAGACUUGAGCUGUUUACAAGAAGUCACUGAUGAAACUCGUAGAUGAUAUUAAGCAAGGUGUAUAUGCAGUAGGAAGAUCAGAGAAAUCCAUGGGAGAAGGUGAUGAAAGUAAUGGGGAAGUGCCAACACCAAGAAAGGAUCGAAAAGAAGGCAUGGAAGGUGCCAGUGGAAAAAGCUAUGAUGGGAGGAUCAGAUAAAGCCAUGGAAAAAGAGGACAGUUGCAAGCUUGAGAGGGUGGUAGCUGGUUCUGUAGCUCAGUCCCAGAAAUGGGCUAUAAAGGUCUCUUUUCACGGAUGGUGAUGCAAGAAAAAGCAGUGGAAAAAGUGGGUCGAGAGCCUGCACUCUUCACACCAUUGUGUAUGGAGGAAGGCUGGAAUUUCUAAACCAAUCAUGGGUUCCACCUACGAGAUUCGAAGAAACGACGAUUUGGUAUAUGGGAUUGCAGCGAAAUGGUGCCCAGAGACCAAUACCUUUGUGUUCCAUGGGGUGAAGCCACCAUUACGCUUGAGUCUGUGAUGAUUUUGGGGGGUUUCACCAUUUUGGGAGAGUCUGUUUCAGCCCCUCUUGAAGAGAUGGAAUUGAUGGAAAUCGAAGAGAAAUUGAUCGAAGAGAGACAGGAAGUCUCCAGGGGUUGUGCCCAGAAGGCCUGCCAGAGUGUCUGGCUGGCUCGGUUCAUGGGCACAGGAAGCCAGCUUGAGCAUGAAGCCUUUCUCUCCCUGUGGCUCUCCAGGUUUUUUCUUCCAACAAAAUCUAAUUCCACCAUUGAAAAGCAUGUGUUUUCUAUAGCAAUUAGGCUAGCUAGAGGGAUCCAGGUUGCGCUUGCCCCUGCAGUUUUAGCAGGCAUUUACAGGGAUUUAAGUUUGUUGAGAGAAGCUCUUGUUGCUUUAAGCAGAAAAGGAAAUUGUGGGAAGAAAGAAAAUUUUCUGGGACUUUCACUUUUGGCACCACUUCAAUUUGUUCAGGUUUGGGUGUGGGAGAGGUUUCCAGCUCUCAGGCCAAGCCCUAAACCGAUAGAAUUUGGUGAGCCCAUAGUGGCUCGAUGGCACAAAAUAAGGGGUUGUAGAGUUGAGAAUGUGGGGCUAGCUUUAGACACAGCUAGAGCUAGUUUUCAGUGGCGGCCUUAUGCAAGGGCAGUGGACAACUGGGUGUCUGUAGUUCUUAUAGAGAAAGGGAGAAGUGGGUGUUGAUGGGCUCCGAUACUCCGAUUCGGAUGGAGAGUUGCAGGCAUUUGCUCAGUUCUUGAGGGUCUGCAAGCUGGUUGGUGUGGACGACUGUAAGGAAUGGUACUUCCUACAUGGGGUAGCAAUGCAAUUUGGAAUGGAUCAAGAUCUUCCAGGUUGUGUUCCUGAAUGUGAUGAGAGUCCUAAAAUUGCCUGGAGCAAUUACAUAAGCCCAUUAAUGGGAUAUUGUAUAUUCCAUCCCGAUUAUUUGAUUUGGAUGUUACCACUAGAUACUAGGACUAGUGGCAGUCGUCAGUUAAGACGGAAGCCAAUGGUGCCUCUAAUCCUCCGGUUCUUCCUGCAACACGAAAUUCCUCAGAACGGGGAGAUUCCGAUGAUGGUUGAAGAGAUGUUGAGAUACAAACAGGGGGAUUCGGAUGAUGAGGAUAAAAUGAUGGUUGGAGAGAUGUUGAGAUCCAUUAUAAAUCCGAAAAGUGUGGGGAACAAACCAGCCAGUGAUGAUAAGCCUUCACCAGGCUGCCAACUGCAGGGUUCAUCACCCUCAGCUGCCAAGGUUGGGGCUAUUAGACAGCAAUUGGUGAUGAAAUAUCUAGGUGUAGCUGCAGGAGGAUCAGAAAAAGCCAUGGAAGGUGGGAAUGGGAGCAAUGGGGGAAGUUCAGCAUUGAUGGGAGGAUCGGAGAGAGACAUGGAAGAUGUCAAUAGGAGUCAUUCAGGGACUGGAACCAUGAACAGAGCAUCAGGGGAAGUCGUGGAAAGAGCAGCUAAGUGUAGAACAGGGAUUGCAGCUAUAGUGGGAGGGUCGGAAAAAGGUGUGGAAGAUGCAAUUGAGAUAAAAGAGACAGGUGAGAAAUUAGUUUUGGUACAGUUGAGAUACCAGGACUGGAACUUGAAGCCCGGAUGUGCAAGCUUGAGAAGGUGGUUGCUAGACUCAAAGCAGAAAGAUUUUGCUACCGCUUUUGAGAAAAGAACCACCAAGAAGGUCCAUUUAACCGAUAGCAACACAAAAGCAGCUUCUUUGGUUCGUCAGCCUAGUCUGGUACUUCAUAAGCUGAUUUAAUAUAUUGCUAGA